AGCAAUGGUUAAAUCUUUGGUAUGGAAGUCAAAACGAGAGAGAUCAGAAACGGUGUUAUCUCGCCGCCGGUGCCGGAGUCCACCGUUGAUUGUAGCAACCGAAAGUAUUUAACCGGAGUUUCUCAAUCCGUAAUUGAGUACCAAAACGGGAAUCCAUUUGACUGUUGUUUAGAAAGAUGAAGAAGCUGCUGGAGUUUGGGAGAAAAGCAAUGUUCUAUGUGAGAGUACUCUCUGGGUAUGAAGAAAGGAGAAUCCGUAAUUACAGGUUGCAACUCGAGAAGCGUAUUCAGCAGGCCCAACAAAGGAAAGCAGAAAUAAACAGACUCCCAGAGAAGAUUGUGUUAUCUGAAGUCCGCCGCAUGGUUGAACAGAUGCAGAAUUUGAAUAAGCAGAUUGAGAAUACGGAGGCUCAGAUUGAAGACUACUUCAAACCGAUAGACAAGCAAGCUGGUACGAUAAUGGAGGUUCAGCUGGAAUCAGAGAAGAAAACGAUGGGGACAAUGAUGAACGCAACACAAGAGGAAACCAUCAGAAAAAUUGAAGAAGCUGAGAGGCUCGCUCGGGCACAUGGAAAUGCAAAUGCAACUGUAGAUGCAAACAUGGGAGAGAAAUUCCAAGAUUCACAAUCCUCUGCCAAUGAGAAAGUCCAAGCAAAAUAAAGUCAGUUUUUGUAUUCAGAGUCUUCUGAAAAAGUCCAAUGUUUCAGAUUCUCUGUUGGAUUUUAAUAAUAUGAAUUGACUGAAUAGAAUCAAGACCGAGAUUGUGUUCUGUUUAGCGUGCAAGAGAACUUAUAAGCUGGCUCUGGUUGAACUAUCCAACAGCAACCUCGUUUUUGUCAAUAUAGUAUAUUGCACCAUCGUG